AUUUCGUGUCUCGGUGUGCUCAUCUAAGUCCUCUGUAGUCUGCACUUGCUUGCACACUGACUGAGCUAGCCAAAUAUGGACUAUACGAAUUUGCGGCGCCAGAUCAUCUCCAUGAAGAAAAGCCUCUUCGAUCAGGGAUACCUGGAUGAGCAGUUUAAUCAGCUGGAAGAGCUGCAGGAUGAUUCAAGCCCCAAUUUUGUUGAGGAAGUUGUGGCUUUGUUCUUCAAGGAUUCAUCAAGACUGCUGACGAACAUAGAGCAAGCACUUGAGAAGUACCCUCAGGAUUUCUACCGGUUGGAUUCGCUUGUGCACCAGUUCAAAGGCAGUGGAUCAAGCAUUGGCGCACUGAGGAUGAAGAAUGAGUGCUCCAUGUUUAAGGCCCACUGCAACGACAGGAAUCUGGAAGGGUACCGUACACUUGACGACUCUUCCUCCUCUAUACCUGCAUCUCAUUCUUUGCUUCUGCAUCUCAUUCCAUGGCUCACACUCAGAUGCCGCCGGUCACUCCAGAAGAUGAAGAGGGAGCAUGCCACUCUGAAGCAGAAGCUGGAGACAUAUUUUCAUUUGCUGAGGCAAGUCGGUCCUCCAGAACGCGCGGUGAAUUCAUGGAAGUAACAAGAAUAGCUAGCAUGGGAGGCAGUUCCAAGGGUGGGCUCUCUCUGCUCCUUUGGAAGAGUAUUGUAGACUCCUCAAGUUUUGCUCAGUUACUGGUGUGCCCUUUUGCUGCUAAUGGUGUAUGUGUCUCGGUGUCUCUGUCUGUGCGUGGGUUCUGUACCGUCUGGUGUCUUUGCGUACAAUUUGCUCGCUCCUUUGGUUGUCGAUGGAGCGUCACAGUGCUUCUUCUCUACUCUGAAAUGUAAUGGCAUCAAUAUAUUUGGUCGGGUUUUGUCGUAAGACAUA